AUGCAGGACGCAGCGCCCGUGGCGUCGUCGGCUAGCGACAAGCGUGGAUACAAGCUUAGCCACACUGUGCCGACCGAGACGUGGGAGAAAGCCAUUGCGGCGGUAGAACAGCAGGGAAUGAGUCUGCGCGCGGCCGCCAAGUUGUAUGGUGUGCACUUCGCGGCGCUACAUCGACGUGUAAAAAAGCGAGCGCAAAGUGAAAAGACAAAAGGCACGACCGGGUACUUCCACCCUAGUGAUGAGGCUGGUAUCAUGCGCGUGGUCGUGGCUCGUGCCGAACUGGGUGUGCUGAUGACUUUUGACGAGUUGAUGAGGCUGGUGGAGGCCGCAGCGCUGCGAAAACUGCCAGACAUUUCGAUGGAUUCGGCACGGAAGCUGUUAACGCGCUUUCAGUCCCGCAACGAGAUGUCGAUCCGCCAUAUUAUCGAGGACUGGCCUCCACCUCGGCCUGCAAUUGAUGCGGCAAUUGGUGAUCAGCAUCAGCCUUAUUUAGGACAUCCAGGCUUUGAUUUCAGGACAAAACCCACAGGAACGCGAGGGACGUCCACGGCGGCAGCAGUUGUAACAGCGACGUCGAAAACGCUCUUUGUUCCCCCAAUACGCUUAGUGCCGAGCACCGUCAAUUAUGGAUACGAACCCACGAGUCCUGGGGUGCGGCUUACGGACACUAUGAGGGCGAUGGAACUUGAAACAACGAAAAUGAUGUGA